UCAAAUCACAGUUUUCUUCAUCAUCCCCUUCUUAUCCUCUUCCAUCGUCUUCUGUUCCAGACAAAAACAAGAGAAAGAGAAAAGAACUCAUGUCGUAAGAGAGUGAUGUCUUUAGAACAAUGCAACAAGAAGCUCUCUCUUUCCUCUCCUCCCCUCUCCCUCCCCACCACCACUUUCCUCCUUUUUCUCGCCUCCGUAACUUCCCUUCACUUUCCUUCAAACCAUCAACCUCUCCUUCUCCCUCAUCAUCAUCAAUCUUCUUCCCACCUCCCAAAUCUCCACCUCCCACCAUCACCACCACCGGAACCCUAGAAUCCGACCUCCACGAGAAGCUCCUCUACCUCGACACCCUCGGCAUCGACUUCCUCACCCUCCUCAACCGCCACCCUCCCCUCCUCUCCUCCCCCAUCUCCUCCCUCAAAUCCGUCGUCGACUACAUGACAACCCCGCCCAUCAACUUCACCUUACCGGACCUCCGCCGCCUCGUCUCCAUGUGCCCGGAGCUUCUCACUUCCCCUCUCGCCUCCCACACCAUCCCCGUCAUCACCUUCCUCCUCCGCGAAGUCGGAGUCUCCUCCACCUUCGACCUCCGCCAAGCCCUCCGCCGCCGUCCCCGUCUCCUCGCCUGCAGCGUCGACCACCAGCUAAGGCCCACUCUCUACUUCCUCCAGAGAAUCGGAAUCCUCGAGCCGCGGAAGCACACUUACCUCCUCUCCUGCAGCGUCGAAGGGAAGCUCCUCCCGCGGAUCGAUUACUUUGAGGGAUUGGGGUUCUCGCGGCGGAGCGCCGCCGCGAUGUUCAAGAGGUUCCCGCAGCUGUUUAAUUAUAGUAUCGGUGGGAAUUAUGAGCCGAAGGUGGAGUAUUUGGUGGGGGAGAUGGGGAGGGAUGUGAGGGAGGUUCUUGAGUUUCCUCAGUAUUUUUCUUUUAGUUUAGAGAACCGGAUUAAACCGAGACACGUGGCGUGUGUGGGGAGAGGGGUGAGGUUGCCGUUGGCGGUUUUGUUGAAGACCAAGGAGGAUGGGUUUCGGGAUGCGUUGGAGGUACAUUUUGUAUUGAAUGAUUCUGAAGAACUCAAAAGAAUGAAGAAACCAGUGGUCUCUGCCUACAUUUUGAGAGAGAAAGGAAGAUAGUUUAUUGAUAGGAGAAAGAAUGUUCAUUUACAAUGUGGAAUGGUAUUGGUUGCUCAGUGGAAUGAAAUGAAAUGAAAUGUUCAGCCAAGUGGUUGUAGAGUUGUAUCCAUUUAGAGUUCUUGAAUUGGAGGCAGGAGGGUAUGAUUAUGUACUGAUGAUUAACCGGACAAUUGGGUUUAAAUCUUGAUGAUCUAGAGCUUUGUAAAGUCCUUAAAUCUUUGCCACUGGUCUAUAAUCUGAAUCUCUGUUUUGCAUUUUUUCAUCUUUUUGUCGGGCCAUUU